AUGUGGACAGUUAUUUUCAUGUCUGGCUUGUUAUGUACAAGUUCUCCGUAUCUUCACUUAGAUGAAAAAGAUGAGUGCAACAGCAAUGAAAAGAUUAUGGAAACACUAGUAACCCAGCAGAUAAAGCUUCAGCUUGAAGUAGAAAAACUAGGACAGAGAACAAGGAACUCAGAGAUUUACUCACGAACCGUUUGUCCACAGGUAAAAGGAUGUGGAAACGACGUCAUUCAUAAGCUGACCACAAAAUACAACAACUCACUGUACAUCACAAUGGAAUCUACAAAGAAUCAGUCAUUUGAAGUGCAGUAUUCUUCAUUUUCCAUCUCUGAUGUUACUGACGGGUACCGACUCUCCUUAGGGAAAAUGUCAGGAAAUAUUGCUGAUGCAUUCAGAUCGCACCAGUUGGUAAACUAUCCCUUUCUUACAUUUGAUCUCGACAACAUCAACAGAUGUGCGGCUACACGUGGAUCUGGAUGGUGGUACAAUAACUGUAAUCAAAUCAAUCUCAAUGCUCCUUUUUUUGAGGAUCAUAUCGAUCCUGUAUGGCUUGGAGCUAUUUGA